AUGUCCCAACAACAACCACAAGCAUUGGAAGAUUCAAUUUCUUCCUCAUCAUCAUUAUCAAUAUCGCAACAACAACAAUUAAAAACAAUGACAACAAUGAGCAGUAUGGAAAAUCCAGAUAACGAUUCUUCUUCACAACAAUUCAAGUUGCCAUCAUUAUCAUCAUCACAAUUAUUAAAUAAUUCAUCAUCGGAAUCGGAGCACAUUAUAUAUGAAAUUAAUCAACAACACGAUGAUGAUAAUGAAGAAAUUGACCAAGAACCAAUUAUUACAUCUGGAAAAGAAGAGAAGAAUCAAUCAUCUUCAUCAUCUUCACUCUCAUCCAGAGUUUCAAAAUUAAUAGACUCCAUUCCUCUACUAAAAUCAAUGUUAGGCUGGUUAGCUUGUAUUGCAGUGCAUACACUCUUUGGUAUUCAUCCAAUCUUUUCGAGGUAUCUGCAAUCAACAUCUCCGAAUAAGUUUCCUCCAAUGUUAUUGGUGACGAGUUGUCAUGUGGCUGCAAUUUUGCUAUACUCUCCAAGGAUUGUCUACUUGUUGAUUGUUUAUUUGAGGAAUAAGUGGAAGAAUAGGAAGGAAAUCAAGGAAAUGAAGGAAAGAACAAUGAAUGAUGAUGAGGAGCAACAGCAGCAGGUUGUGUCUAAUACUGCACUAUUUGAGAGAAUUAAGAAGAGGAUUAAAUUCUUCUUACCAAUCAUUAGUUUCUUUGUUUCAUUGGUAUUGAGAUCAUUUACCAAUGUUGUUUCGUCCAAAUAUACAAGUGCACUAUUUGUUCAAUUGUUUGCAUUGACCACUCCUUUCAUUUUGGCCUUUUUAACAGUAUUUGUUUAUAACAGAUGGUUUAUUAGAGAUGUAAAUAAUAAGGAAAAGUUUGGAUUGAAAGCUGGAUUGACAAUGGUUGUGACAUUUGUUGGAGGAGCAAUUAUAAUUAUUGGAAGUAUUGUUCCAAAAUCUGAGAAUGUUUCACUACCUUGGUAUUCAUUCAUUUUCACAUAUCAAAUUGAUUUUAAUUCCAUUUCUGAAAAUAUUACAUUGUGGGAUUUAUUGGGCAUUGCUUCAAGUAUUAUUUCAAGUGUUUGCCUCGUUUGGUACAUGCUCUCAUUGAGAUAUAUGAAACAAGAAGAAUCUCAGGGAAAUGCAGUUAGUGUUACUGGAGAGAGUUUAUUCAUUCUUCAAUUGUUUAUUCUUGCUUUGACAUUUGUUGUACCAAGUUUAAUUGUUGAUGAUUGGACUUUAUGGACUAGAUUGAAUACCAAGGAUUGGAUCAUGUUCUUUGGAUUUACAAUUUUCGUAUACAUGAUGGCUAAUCAUUUGAAUAUCUUUGCUAUUAGCAUGCUUGGAUCUACGAGAGUUGGCUCCAUGUUAGCUUUGAGAUUAAUUUCAACAAUCUUUUUCAGUAUUCUCAUUUUACAAGAAUCAUUGAAGUCAAUUUGGCAAUUAUUGGGUUGCAUCAUUGUCUUGGCGAGUGUGUCAUAUUUCAUGUACUCUGAAUCGCAACAAGAGAAGAAGAGUGCAACAGUUCAACAACCUUCCCCUCAAGAAGAUGAAGAAGAACACAACAGUACUGAAAUGGACACUGUUGAACUCAUUACAAGAGAUUCGAAUGAAAAUUCUCAAAGUGGACAAGUUAAAAACAAGGAGGGCGAUAUUAUGGUCCAUUAGAUGGUGAAAAAAUUAUUAAACAAGGAAAUUAUUCUGAAAGUUUCUUUCUAUGAUCGUAGUAGUUCUGAUUAUUAAUAAAAUAAACAUCACCUUUACAA